CCCCCGGCAAAUUUACGCAAAAGCAAUUUUUUUCACUUCGUGUUGGCCCUCUUCGACAAACAAAACCAGCCAAUCGAAAUCGAGCGGACAUCAUUUGUUGACUUUGUUGAGAAAGAUCGGGAGAAGGACAAUCAGAAAACCAACAACGGUAUACACUACAGACUGCAACUUCUCUAUCAAAAUGGUAGUCUCCGACAAGAACAAGAUCUGUACAUUCGUCUGAUUGAUUCAUCAACAAAACAGGUCAUUGUCUUUGAAGGUCAAGACAAAAACCCCGAAAUGUGUCGUGUGCUGCUGACGCACGAGAUCAUGUGUAGUCGCUGCUGCGAUAAGAAGAGUUGCGGAAACAGGAACGAGACUCCAUCGGAUCCCGUCAUCAUUGAUCGAUUUUUCUUAAAGUUUUUCAUGAAAUGCAAUCAAAACUGCCUGAAAAAUGCCGGCAAUCCACGCGACAUGAGAAGGUUCCAGGUCGCCAUAGCAACGACACCUGACGUCGACAACAAUUUGUUGGCGGUUUCC